AUGCACCCUCGCAGUUUAGCGGCUAUACUUUCGACCCUCGUCUCCCAACUCAUCCUCUUAAUUCUCCUCAUUUUCCCUCCCAAUUCCAACCCUCUCGAUUCCACCGAUUCCACUUUCCCCCUCGUUCACCACUUCCUCUUCUCACACCAAAUCGCCGCAACCCUCUCUCUCACACUCCCCAAACGCAAACGCAAACGCAAACGCAAACGCUCUGCUCAACAGAACCCGUUUCCACCGGGUCUCCACAAUCGGAGCCCCGACUCCUUCCGAAACACCUUCAUGAUGUCCUCUUCCACCUUCGAGUGGCUCUCAGGAUUACUCGAACCCCUCUUAGAUUGCCGCGACCCUGCCGAGCUCUUUCCGUUGAACCUCUCCGCCGGCAUCCGCCUCGGCAUCGGACUCUUCCGCCUCGCCACCGGCUCCGACUACCCCCAAAUCUCUACCCAAUUCCGCGUCUCUCUCUCCGUUGCCAAAUUCUGCGUCAAACAACUCUGCAGGGUUCUCUGCACCAACUUCCGCUUCUGGGUUUCAUUCCCCAAUUCCAACGAUCUUUCCUCUAUUUCCCAAUCAUUUCAAACCCUCUCUGGCAUCCCCAAUUGCUGCGGCGUCGUUUUGUGCUCCCGCUUCCAAGUCCUCAACUCUUCCACCUCCUCCGUCGCCGCUCAAUUUGUCGUCGAUUCCUCUUUUCGGAUUCUCACCAUCGUCGCUGGCUUCCUUGGCCACAAGAGCGACUCUCGGAUCCUCAAGUCGUCCACUUUGUUCAACGACAUUGAAGAAGGGACACUCCUUAACGCUCCUCCCCUUAACGCCGUUAAUCAGUAUCUUAUUGCUGAUUCUGGGUACCCUUUGCUUCCUUGGCUUAUUGUUCCUUUUGUGAACCCUGUUAACGGUUCCGUUGAGGAGAAUUUCAACGCCGUUCAUGAGGCUAUGCGUGUUCCUGCACUCAGAACCGCUGCUAGCUUGAGGAAUUGGGGUGUUCUGAGUCGACCCGUUACGGAGGAGAUUAAGAUGGUUGUGGCUUAUAUUGGGGCUUGUUCCAUUCUUCAUAAUGGGUUGUUGAUGAGGGAGGAUUUUUCUGCUUUGGCUUCUGGAUUAGAAGAUUGGACUCAAAGAUGUAGUGAUAAUAGUGAGCCUUGUGCAUUGGAGGAGGAGAGUCCUGUGUCUUCCAAGGCUUUGGCUUUGCGUAGCACAUUAGCUACCAUGGCUAAGAAAAUUCAUAAUUCUAAUUCUUGA